AUUUAGUCUCCGCUUUCUUCGUCUCACGGGGGAACUCUCCCGAGCGACUCCUCUUUCUUCAGAGAUGCCCCGCUAUGAGCUGGCUUUGAUCCUCAAAGCUAUGCAGAGGGGUUGGUACAGUAGGCCUCACUAGACUUAGCUGCAACUAAGAAUUUCUCCUACAUCAAGUUAAUGGUGAUGCUCUUGUGGAUUGGUGAAUAAAAGUGCGCACUAAGUAUUUAAGAAGCGGAGAAAACAAAUUUUGUCUUUUCAAAGUUGUACCACAACCACUACCAUCAAGACAGCAAACCAAUGGACAAAGAAUUUGAUCCACAGUGUUUGUAAAACUAAGCUGAUUUGUUUUACUAAGGCUUGAGGUCUGUGACCUGGACGUCAGCAUUUGGAAGUUACUUUGUUUACAAAAAUGAGGGCAGCUUUGGAAGCAGCAGACAUUGCCAUUGUGGCACUGUAUUUUGUGCUUGUGCUAUGCAUAGGCUUUUUUGCCAUGUGGAAAUACAAUCGAAGCACUGUAAGUGGGUACUUCCUGGCAGGGCGAUCUAUGACAUGGGUAGCAAUUGGCGCUUCCUUGUUUGUGAGCAACAUCGGGAGUGAACACUUCAUUGGGCUUGCAGGAUCUGGAGCAGCAAGUGGAUUUGCCGUGGGGGCAUGGGAGUUCAAUGCCUUAAUGCUUUUGCAGCUCUUAGGAUGGAUUUUUGUUCCAGUCUACAUACGAUCUGGAAUAUACACCAUGCCCGGUUACUUAUCCAAACGUUUUGGAGGGCAUAGAAUUCAAGUUUACUUUGCAGUAUUGUCUCUAAUUCUGUAUAUCUUCACCAAACUUUCAGUAGACUUGUAUUCAGGUGCAUUGUUCAUUCAAGAAUCAUUGGGCUGGAAUAUUUAUUUGUCAGUUAUACUGUUGAUUGGAAUGACUGCAUUGCUCACAGUGACUGGGGGUCUUGUGGCUGUCAUCUACACAGACACAGUUCAAGCUUUGCUUAUGAUUAUUGGUGCCUUCACGCUUAUGAUCAUAAGUCUUGUAGAAGUUGGUGGCUUUGAAGAGGUUAAAAGAAGGUACAUGUUGGCAAAACCAAAUAUAACAUCAAUCCUGCUGACAUACAACCUUUCCAACACUAACUCCUGUCAUGUUGACCCAAAGCCUGAUUCACUGAGAAUGUUGCGUGAACCAACCGAUGAAGAUAUUCCUUGGCCUGGUUUUCUUUUGGGACAAACUCCAGCUUCUGUAUGGUACUGGUGUGCAGAUCAAGUCAUUGUUCAGAGAGUUUUAGCAGCAAAAAAUAUUGCUCAUGCCAAAGGAGCCACUUUAAUGGCAGGGUUCUUAAAGCUUUUGCCUAUGUUCUUUAUAGUUGUUCCAGGAAUGAUUUCACGAAUCCUGUUUGCGGAUGAUAUUGCAUGUAUCAAUCCAGAACAUUGUUUGCAAGUUUGCGGAAGCAGAGCUGGAUGCUCUAACAUUGCCUAUCCACGUUUGGUAAUGAAGCUUGUUCCUGUUGGCCUGCGAGGCCUUAUGAUGGCUGUGAUGAUUGCCGCUCUCAUGAGUGAUUUGGAUUCUAUAUUCAAUAGUGCUAGUACCAUAUUCACUCUCGAUAUCUACAAGCUCCUCAUACGGAAGAAUGCAUCAUCUAGAGAACUGAUGGUUGUCGGAAGAGUCUUUGUCUUUUUCAUGGUGGUAAUAAGCAUAGCUUGGGUCCCAAUAAUAGUGGAAAUGCAAGGGGGCCAAAUGUAUCUAUAUAUACAAGAGGUGGCAGACUAUUUGACUCCACCAGUGGCUGCUAUAUUUCUCUUGGGGGUGUUUUGGAAGCGUUGCAAUGAGCAAGGAGCCUUCUGCGGUGGAAUGGCUGGAUUUGCUUUGGGAGCCAUACGACUGGUACUGGCGUUUAUAUAUCGUGUCCCUGAAUGUAACCAGCCAGACACUAGGCCGUUCUUCAUCAGAAGUGUCCAUUACAUGUAUGUUGCUACAGCACUAUUUUGGAUCACUGGAAUUGUGACUGUGAUUGUAAGUUUAAUUACUCCACCACCUUCAAAGGAACAGAUUAGGACCACAACAUUCUGGUUUAUGAAGAACAGGAAUGUAAAAGAAAGCACAUCAGCAGGCAGUUCAUUCAAAGCACAAGAGAAGACCAUCUUAAAAUACAGUGAAACUCCUAACACUGUAUCUUCAAAUGGAAAAUCUGAUGAAAAUGUUAAAAAUGAUCAGCCUGAAAAUGUCAAUCUUCUAAUUACUUGCAGAGAUGACAGCAAUCCAGUGAUUUCUAUGAGUAACUCUGAAGUUGAAACACCAGUUGAUUGCUAUUCCAAUGGACAGGCAGCCCUUAUGGGUAGAAAGAAGACUGAGGAGGAAACUGAUAAACACUGGAAAUUCAUAGAUUGGUUCUGUGGGUUUAAAAGCAAAAACAUGAACAGUAGAGUCAUCCAGGAUAAGAGGGAAGAAGAGAAUAUUUGUCUACAAAUGCUGGAAGAGACUCCAAAAGUUAAAUUGCUACUAAAUAUUGGACUAUUCUGUGUGUGCUCCCUUGGAAUAUUCAUGUUUGUUUAUUUCUCUUUGUGAACAAAUCAUGAAUCUUAAAGUAUGGUCAAACUUAUAGAAGUGGAAAUGCAGGUUCUUGGAAAAAUAUUUAUAUAUAAAUAUGUGUCUGUUUAUGUCUUACAUCUCAGGCAUACUUUACGCUGUUAUUGUCAGCCAAAUUCUUUCUCAACCUAAUUUGAAAAUCAUUAGACUUCUUAUAGCAUUUCUGCUUAAACACAGAAUGUCUGUGGAAUUUAGUAUAGUACUGAAGGUUGGGUUUUAGUAUACCAAAGUAAGAAAUGAGUAUGUUAAAAGUGAAAUACUACAGUGCUCUGUCAAAAGUCCAGCAAAAGGUAAAUGAUCUUAAAGUUAGAAUACUAACACUUUAAAUGCUUUAAAUUAUUAUAAAGUGUUUGAGUGUGAGAAGAUACUAUAUUCAGAGUUACCCUGAUAAAAUAACUGCCCCUGAUUCUCUCUCCCCACGGAUACUUUGAACUGAUGUUUGAAGAAUGUUCCUACCACAAACCCAGUUUUUACCAGACUCCAGGUAUUUUAACUGGCCUGAAAUCUUUUACUUCUUAAAAAUACAUCUGUCUUUUUACUUUUUUAGAUAAAACCAAAUAUUUUAAACAGCAAUUUUUUGCUUGCUAUCUGUUGUAAGAAGACUGCCAAUAGCAAUGAGUGCAUCUAUAAAAUGCAAAAACAAAAAGGAUGCAGUCAAAGCUAUGCAGGAAGAAUAAUCUUGAUGCUGGGAAGUUUGACCUAUAUUCUCUUCAUGAAAGUGUAUCAAAAUGCAUCAUAAAUGUAUAUCUUAUACAUCUGGUAUGUUUUUAAUUUUGUCCAUUAAAAUGUGGAAGAUGACAAUGAGCUAGCCUGCACAUAAUGGUAACCCACAGCCUCUGGUUUGUCUCUCAGUGAGAAAGAAUCCAUGGUUUGUUCUUGUUUUCCUUCUGUAACUUGUUGGGAGGAAACAAGCUGGAGGUCCUGGUUUUCAAGUAACACAAAACAAAUAAUUGAUGGAAGGUGUGUGGGUUUUUUUAGCUACUUCAGUCUCUAGUGGAAGAGAUUGGACAGUGUGCUGGUGCAUUCACAAAAAUCUACAAUGUUUAAAAUGGUUUUUGUUAUGUGCAAACAAGGCCAGUAAUCCCCCACGGUAAGAGGAGAGAACUAAGCAUGCUCUUCACAAAAUCAGUCUCUAUAGAAUUUGUAUGAGUUGGGUAACAAUUUGUCUAAAACUGUUCUGAUAGGGAAGUAACAAAUAGCACAAGUUGUACUGGAAUUAUGGAAAAUAGAAUACUGUAACCCUUUUCAUAUUCUUUUAUGUGGGUUUAUUUUUGUUGGGGGUAGGUGGGAAGGGGGGAGAAUGAAAAUUAUAGCUUUUUCUAGAAAAACAAAUAAUUUCUGGUUCCAAGAUGUGUGUGGUCUUUCAUGUUGAAGCUGCAUGUCUCCUAUGGAUGUGGUGAGAAGUGUAGUAGAAUGAAUAAUGCUAUGUUUACUAAAGCAGAAUAUUGGAGGAUAUGACAGAUAUUUAAACAGGUUUAACUCAGAGAAUGCUCAGACAUGAAUAUAAACCUCAGCAACUGUAUUAUUCAACUUCAGUAUAAAUGCAAGCAUUUUGGUCACAGUUUUUCUCUCACUAGCAUUUUGAUGAAGUUUGGAGAAAAAAUUCUGUUACCUUGGUAGCUGGAACUAUUGCAAUGGUGGAAAAAAAACCCUGUCCUCCUCUGCUCAAGUGCUUUGAAUGCUUAUGUAGCAGCGUGGAGGAUAGCAGAUGCACCUUGUUGCCUGAGCACAAGGUUUGGUAGAUGGCAGGACUCAUAGAAGUGGAAGGUGUCGAUUAAAAGCAAAUGUAGAGAACUCCUUAGCACUCUGCAAUGUCAUUCCUAAUUGAAACUGGUGGUAGCGGGCAGGAGGAUUACCCUGGUGUUGAGAAUUGCAAAUUAACAAGUUCAUUAAUAUAAUUUAGGGAUGAAGAACCUGCAGCCCUUCAGAUCUUAUUGGACAGCAACUUUCAUCAUCUCUGAUUAUUUCCAUGCUGACUCGGGCUGAUUGGCGUUUGAGUUCAGCAUCUGGAGAGCUACAGGAUUCCCACUCCUUUUGUCACUUUGUGGGGAUAAGUAAAGAGGGCUGGCAUCCCAUUGAAUAAAGGAAUACUUUUUCUUAUUGCUUAUAUACUCAUUUUCUUGUAAAUGCUGAGUCUGCAAGGGCUCAUAGCAGCUGACUAUAUACUUUGAAAAUCAAAUUAGGAAGAUAUUAAUACCAUUCUGUUCAUACUGCUCUGCAAUUUCUCCCAUAAUAUAAAUGGAACAACUUGCUCACUAAUGUUGCUAGAUGGUGGUGGAGUAUAUACUGCUGAUAUGUUCUUUUAAGCUUGUUAAAUGAUGUAAUUUUAAAAGCAGCCUUCUGUGUAAUGCACUGGAGAUGGCUUUUGUUAAUGGUAACAUAAAUUGAGAGCUUCUUUGUGCACUGGGCCAAAGGCCUACUCAAACUAGUGGCCUUCUCUGGCCAUAGGGAGUAUAUGAAACCAGCUUUGAUAUGUGGCUAUGUAUGAUCGCUGCUAUAUAGGGAGAGUGCUGCUUUUGCUGGCACUUGCAGAGAUGGCUGUGUUGAAUGAAUUGCCACCAGCAGUCAUGUGCAGGUGAGCUAGCUCAGGGAUCUGUUUGGCUCCCACCUUUCACUUCUCCUCAGAUGCCUUGUAUAGACUAAGCCAUGUUCCAGGCCUUACUGCCACAUUAAAAUAGCAAUGUGUAAUACUCCCUCUGUCCUAAACUUAAGUCACUUAAUAUUUAUGCAGUAUUAUGAAUGUAUAUGGCAAAGUUUAUUUUGGAUCUAUUUUAAAUGGUCUCUUAAUGCAAUAUAGCUAUAUUCCAAGUAACAAUGCAGUGUAUAAAUUCUUAGACAUUAGACAAUUUCACAGUUUAAAUAAUAAUGGAAAACUUUGCUAAAGCCCAUAUAAAAAUAUACCUGCCAGUUUACCCUGUUGGGGGGUGGGGUCUUUAUUUUUUUCUUCUUUGCCCUAAUAUUUGUACAUGGUUUGUGUAGCCUACAAUAUUAUCUAUCAUGUUUAGAUUGCUAUUCAAUAACUUUUAAUGCUUUCUUGGCAUAUGCUUACCUGUCCUUGCUUCUGGGCUCUCCUGCUAGGUUUGCCAUGUUCCAAAACAGAAACUCUGCCUGUCACAUUAAAGAUACCAAAGGCAGUGAGUGCAAGGCAGCAUUUAUUGCUCAGUUCUGCCUCCAGUGGGGAAAACUAGUCCUGGUUAUCACAUUCCUUUGGAAGAGAUGGGGUGAGUGAAGAGGCAGUUUGAACUCUGGGGUGAAAUGUGCUGUUGUUUACCCUUCUUGCUGUAGCUUAACUCUUAGGCCAUGUUCAGAUGAUCAUCAAAAUAAAGGACAUUAUCAACCUAAGUUCUUCAUUGUGGCCUCUGUGCAUCACACAUUAUGGGUGCUGCGCCUGCGUAGUGCCUGUUGCCGGGAAGAUUAAAUAGCUAUAAUGGUCUCCGGUGGGAACUCUGCACCCUCCCCCGUAGUAUAAAUGGGCGGAGUGCCUGCCAUUUCCCCAGUCUUUUUGCGACCGCUGUUUGCUGUGCCUCGAGCCUUUCGCUUGUCUCUUGUAGCUAUAUUCUGAUAAAGUUUUACUGUUAUUCUCUUGACUUUACAAUCUUUUUUCAAUUCCUUUAUCCAAGUUAUAACCCAUCCAAUUCCUCCCCCCCGUUUACAUCGUUUUUCCUCCCUUCCCGUUUUCCCCUUCCCCUAUGCCUUCUGUUGUUCUUCUUCUUGUUAAUUCUUCUGUCAUUUGGUGUUUUUCCUCUCUCUUUGAUGGUGCAACAAGUGGCUUUCUGCAAGUGUUCGCAGUGUGGGGCUAAAAUGUCUCCCACUGACCCACAUGACUUGUACCUUCUAUGCUUGGGAGAAGGUCACAGGACUGAUAAGUGCAGCCAUUGCCAGACCUUUACCAGACAGGCCCGCAAGAACCGGGAAAACUAUCUGUGGAAGAUGCUCUGGGACCAGGCUUUGGUCACCAUGAAAAAGGUCUUGGAGGAGACCAUCGCGGCAGGUCUAUAUAAGGCCGCUCCUCCUUGUCCAUCUGAAGGAAAUGCGACAUCGAAGGAGGGAAAGCGCUCCUCUCACUCUCCUCACUGCAAGCAGAGGGAGAAGAGGAAGCAUGUCAGAUCCGACGAGUCCUCUGCAUCCAAAAGACCUAGGAAGGACAAGCCCAACAAAGUGGAGCAGAGGCACAAAAAGCAUCCCAAGGUGCCUCACUAGAAAUCAGUGUCCACUGCCCCUUCAGUACUGAUCGCUGCCUGCAUCCCAGCUCUGAUUGAACCCACCAUUCAAUUGGUCAUGAAAGUGACUCCACCGGUCAUGAAAGUGACUCUACUGCGCAGUGUCAUCUUGGCUCCAUCUAGUCCUGAUUGUUCUGACCCUGUUGCUAGAGGGUCUAUGUCGGAUGGUGAAAUCUGAAAAUCUCUGCCUCGGUCACUCACUGACCUGCUACCUGUCCAUUCUCCAACACUGAUGCCAACAUCUCCAGAGAGAUCUCCGAGGGCUUCUCAACGCCCAGCCUCCCUGCCACAGGUCCCAGUUCAGCCUUCCAAAUAUUGGGUCCCUUACCAUACAAGUAGUUCGAUCCAUCUUGGUCCUAUACAUGGGACUAUUAUCCUCCCUAUGGUUAUUACCUGAGGUCUCCAAUCCAUCCUCCUCAUUCCACCCCCUCAUUCAGUGUUGAGGGACGCUCCAUCGACCUCUGCAGCUGCUCUUUCCCGACCUGCGCCUUCAUCCUGGGUCUUCCAUACCACUCAGAUCCCAAUUCAGACGACUCUCAACAGGCUUCAAUGUCUUCAGAUGCCGUGAUCUCAACCCAGGGUCUGGACUCCCCUGGAGAUUCGCAUGGCAACUUCACGGAGCUGCUCUCUAGGAUGACAAAGUCGUUGGAGAUUGAUAUCCAACAUCGCAUCGACUCAAAUCAAGAUAACAUCUAUGACAUCAUCAGUAAAGAGGACUCAUCCUCCAUUGCUCUGCCCUUCAUUACAUCUCUGAGGCAAGUGAUGAUGGAUACAUGGCAGCUCCCCAAUCAGCCGCAUUCGAUGUCCAGGCGACUUGAGUCAAUGUACAAGGUUCGGAAACAAGAUAUCCCAUUCCUUCUUAAACAUCCCAAGCGAAACCCUAUUGUCAUUGAGUCAUCCCAGGGUUAACAGAACAAAGAACACUCGACUCUGAUGCACAAGGAAGGCAGAAAGAGCGACAUGAUAUCUCUUCAUAUCUAUGCUGCUAUAGGACUCAGUCUUCAUAUCUUCAAUUACGAAGGCACCGUGGCGAGGUACCAAUAUUUCCUCAUGCAGAAGAUCGAGUCCCUCAUCUCUAAUCUCACAGACCAACAUAGGGAGCUUGCCUGCAUGUUCACCCGCGAGGCUAUGCAGCUUUCCAUCCAGCAGCUCAAUACGGUGAGACAUCAUGUUGAUUGCAACUCUAGGGCUCUUGUUGCUGCUGUUGCCCUUCGUUGCCUUGCCUGGUUACACUCAGGUAACCUACCAGAUGAGACUAAGUGGCAUGUGAAGAACAUGCCCUUUGAAGGCUCCAGGCUCUUCCAUGCUAAAACUGACAACAAGCUGGAGAAUAUUCACAAGGCUCGCUGUAUGGAGAAGUUGUCACAGCACUGAUGUAAGUGGCUGUGGCCUUGUUCUCAAUACCACUACCAACCUUACCAAAAGUGCAGGACGCCAACAGUUCCAACAGUGUCAACAAAGGAACCGAAGGUAGAAUGCGCCGCGGUACCAACAAGCUCAUCGCUGUCCCGACACCGACAAACGCCAUCGUUGACAGGAUGCACAAACCUCUCCUUGAUCCUUUCAACCUAGCUUCCCCUCUUCCCUUUGGGGAAUGGCUGCAAAGCUGACUCCCCAUCUGGGAGUCCAUCACAUCUGAUAGGUGGGUACUUGCCAUCAUAGAGCACGGAUACAAAAUUGAGUUUGACACUGUGCCACUUCCUGGACUGAUCUGAUACACAGCUGCCUCCUUCUAGAUGAAGUUUCCCAGCUGCUUCAUAAAGGAGCGAUUCAAAAACUGCACCACUCUGAAGGCCUGCACAGUUUCUACUCCAGGUACUUUACGGUAGUGAAAAGGAAUGGUGGUCUACACCCGAUAUUGGACUUACAUGGUGUUAACAAAAACAUCAAAACCAAAAAAUUCAGAAUGACCACACUCCAAUAUCCUUCCGUUGCUCAGGAAAAAGAAUUGGUUCACAUCCUUAGACUUGAAGGAUGCUUAUUUCCACAUGAGCAUACAUCCUGCUCACAGACGUCUCCUCUACUUCACCGUUGGUACCAACAUAUUUGAAUACAAUGUACUCCCCUUCAGUCUCGCAGCUGCUCUGAGAGUUUUCACCAAGUGUGUGGCUCCUGUAUGUGCCCAUCUUUGGCUUCAGGAUAUUCAUAUUUACCCUUACCUCGAUGACUGGCUUAUCGUCUCCUCUUCCAGGGAUGGCCUUCUAGCCUCCAUCGAUACAGCCUGCUCCCUCCUUGACCAACUUGGACUAUGCAUUAAUGUUGAAAAAUCAUGUCUCAUUCUUUCCCAGGUCAUCAACUUUGGAGCUCAUCUUGACUUGCUACACACCCGAGCCUUUCUUCCUUGUGACCGAAAAGACAGACUACUUAUGUCUAUCCAAAGGAUUACUGCCUAACAGACUGUUCCAGCAUUAUCCAUAUAGAAACUGUUUGAACAUCUAUGGUUUAUGUAGUACCAAAUGCCAGACUGCAGAUGAGGCCCUUACAACUUUGGUUCAGCCACACCUUCCAUCCACAAUGCAACUGACCACACCAACUACUUCAGCCGGCGCUCUCAGUUCUUCACACCCAGUCUUGGUGGAUAAUAGAUACCAACCUUUCUUUUGGAGUCCCAUUCCAUCCACUGCAGUCGACUCUUAACUCUCUGUACCGAUGCUUCCCUGACUGGUUGGGAGCCCACUGUGCGGCCCUUCAGACGCAGGGUGCCUGACGUGACCACGAGACUACCAGACACAUCAGCUAUGUGGAACUGUUGGCGGUCUUCAAAGCCCUCUGUUCCUUCAAGAACAUCUUUCAGGACUGCAUCGUACAGAUUACAUUGGACAAUAUUGUGACUGUGUUCUAUAUAAACAAGCAAGGCAGUAUGAAGUCAGCCCCCUUGGCUCAUCUCACUCUCUGCCUCUGGAACUGGUACAUUGACUGCGAGAUCACUCCUCAGUCGGCUACUAUUGAGAACAUUUUGCAAUUUCUACUCCAUUACACCAAGGUCAACUUAAACCCUUGUCCAUUAAGAUGUACAUCGCAGCAAUCUCACAUCAUUGUGGCUCCUCUGUAUUCUCUCAUUUCCUUGUCUGUCGCUUCUUAAGAGGACUACAAAAUUUUGCCACCGAUCCUGUUGUCCUUCAAGCUCUCACUAAGCCUCCUUUUGAACCACUAGCCAUGACUGAUUUACACCUUCUCUCCUGGAAAACGGCUUUCCUAGUAGCUAUUACUUCAGCUAGAAGAGCUAGUGAGCUGUGUGCUCUACCUAUUGACCCUCCAUACCUGAACUUUCACAAAGAGAAAGCUGUUCUUCACACUGAUCCAACCUUUCUUCCCAAGGUCACUUCUGCUUUUCAUGUCAAUCAAGAUAUUGUCCUGCUGGCCUCCUUUCCUACACCUUCGACACCGAUUGAACACUUAUUGCAUAUGCUAGAUGUUUGGCAGCGCUUUGCUUUCUAUUGAUCCCAAACUGAGUCCUUUAGGAAAACCAAACGCCUGUUCAUCAAAUACUUGGAGCACAAUAAGGGAGUUCCUAUUACCACUCAAAGACUUUUGAAAUGGAUUGUGGAGACAACUGGAACUGUCUUACCAUCUCUCCAAAUCGGACCUACCGGUCGCUCCUAAAGGACAUUCUACAAGGGCUGUCGCGGCCUCUUCUGCCCUCUCUGCCAGCAUUCCCAUGUACGACAUUUGAAGGGUGGCUACAUGGUCUACUCUGUGUACCUUCAUGAGAAACUAUCACCUAGACAUCAGGGCCUGGCAGGACUGUUCUUUCAGCCGUGCAGUUCUCUUUUCCAUUCUUCAGUGAUGAAGAUGAAACUGUCCCACAUCUGGGUGUGAUAAAGCUUACUAAUCACCCAUAAUAUGUGAUGCACAUAGGCCUUGAUGAAGAAAGGCAGGUUACUUACCUGUAACCGUUGUUCUUUGAGUGGCCAUCUGUGCAGUCACACAACCCGCCCACUGGCUCCACUUGGUGUCGGUGACUGGGUUUACAAAUAACCUUAUUUUUUUUAUAUACAUCUGAUAAUGAUAGCUGUGUACACAUGUCCACAUAUGUGUAUACCUAUUCUGAUGAUUCUGACAGCUAAUUUCUGUCUUUGAUGCUUCCUGUCAAAUUCAAUUUUACUUAUCUUCACCUGGGGGCAAACGGGCAGUCUUCAGGAGACUGGGGAAAUGGCGGGCACUCCUCCCAUUUAUACUAUGGGGGGUGGGAGGGUGCGGAGUUCCUGCCAAAAACUGUUAAAGCUGUUUAAUCUUCCCUGCAACAGGCACUGUGCAGGCGCAGCACCCAUAAUGUGUGAAAGCACAGAUGGCCACUCGAACGACGGUUACAGGUAAGAAACCUGCAUUUUUCAUAUCUACCAUUGGUCACAGAAGACCACAGUUUGCAUUUGUACCUUACACAGGACUGCAGAUGGUUCUAAAUUUUUCUCUUAGAAAAAUUUUUCUCUUUACAUAGAAAAAUGUAAGAGGAAAUGUAAGAGGCUGUCAAUGUUUUCGCUGAUUAUCUGAACUGGACUUUUGAGUGACUGGCUGUUUCUCUGGGCUAGAACCUGGCAGCUUUAUUGCUGGUGUUUUAUCUCUUGAUGGAAGAUAUUCUAAGUGUAAAUUUACAUGAUGUAACCUCUUCAUUUAGUCCUUCUAUAGUUGCAAGAACCAUAAUUAGGAGUACAAUCCUGUGCAUGUUCGAGUAGAGACUUCUACAACUCCUGGAAUAUUCUAGCCAGAAUGGCUGAUUAGGGCAUGCUUGGGAGUUGGAUUAACUCUGUCUAAAGAUGCAUAGGACUGCACUCUUAAUUGGAGUUUCUGUAUACUUUUACUAUUAACAUUCCUUUUAGGAUAUUUUAUAAUUAGGCUGUCAAGUUCAGAGUAAGAAUAAAUGUUUAAUAGCUUGUUACAGUGCCUUUAAGUAGCAAAAUAUAACCUUGCUAGGUUAGUGCAUCUCAUCUGUGAUGAAAAUACUUAUUACCUGCUGAGUCUUUACAUUUCUACCUAUGUUAUGAGGGUACAUUUUUUAAAAUAUUCUCUUACCUGUCUUUCUAGUUUUAAAGACUAGACAUUAUUGAAAAUUGCAAGUUGUAGUGUAAGUAAAUACCUGUUGUGUGGUAAUUUGCUUUGCUUUAAAAGAAGACAUAGCAAAUAGAACAAUUGAUCUCUAAAGAUAUAGUGUGUGUAUGUAUUUCUAUGCCUCUGCAUGUUAUAUUAUUUAGCCCUCUGCUAUGUAAGUAUAAUUAGCAAUGCUAAGGAUAACUAAAAGAAAAAUUACCCUAAAAAUAAAUUUUUCAGUGAAUCACAGACUCCUUGAAACCUAAUUAGAGCAGCUAGAAGUGGACCCUGUUGCCAGUUGUACUAAGUGGAAAUUAUCUUAAUAGCAUUUUCUGUUAAUACAAAUUAGCAUUCUUAAACUUGGAAACCACUAUAAAAACUUCUGCUCGUUCUAAUUAAUCUGGUCACUGAGCAGAAUUUCAACAUCUAUGAUCUGUGUGCCAGAAAUUGUUUUUGUUGUAUUUCAUGAAUAUGCUUCUUAUCAUCCUUGUGGUUUGUAGUGUAGACAGAAGGGAUUUUUGUCAGCUGUAGUAUUACUGAGUUGGGUGUGUGGCUGACAGAACUGCAAAGGAACUAUUUCCCAUAGACUGCCAUUAGUUCAUAAGACCAACGCUUUUGGCCUCUCAGAAGCCACAGCCUAGAUAUGGGACCAUGCAAGCAUUCCAAUUAUACACCUAGUCAAUUGUGUGAGCAGUCCUUCUGGGUUUCUGUGGGAAUUCAUUACCUUGCAUGUCAACACUUAAUCAAGCCCUACUUCAGACUUCCAUAUUUUUUCUUAGAGUGGUUUUAAAAAUAUAUUUGCUUAUUUAAGCAAGCAGAAGCUUUGUCUAAAGAAAGCUGGUUGAGGGCUUUAUUUUUGCACUGUAUUCAGGGAAAACAGCUUCUGUUCUGGCAAGUUUCUUACUCCCUUUGUUGCCAAAGGAUUCUUCCUCCUUGCUGCUUUGCUGCCCAGAGAUGAUGGAAGGCUAAGACUUGAGUCCCGUUGGACUCAAGUGUUAAUUUAAAUUACAUUGCACUAGCAUAAGGGAAUGUGUUCUAUGGAGUUCAGUGGAACUUACUUCCAAGGUAAAAAUGGAUAGGGCUCCAGUCUGAUGGCAGUAUCCAAGCUAACAUGUGUGUUAACAUAAACCUUGCACUAGCAUUAGGGACCUCUAGUGUAACACCAAUAGCAUUAGUUGGUGUGAUGGACCUUGAAGAUUUUCCUAUUGAUACUGUGCAUAAGGUGGUGCAGUUUGUCAGUGCUGGUAUCAUCCUGGUUACUGCUAUAAGACUGCAGUCCUAUCCAUUCUUACCUCAGGAGCAAGUUUCACUGAACUCCGUAAGACUUACUUCCUAAUAGAUCUGCAUAGGAUUGUGCUGUUCAUGUGUUUCCUUUCUCCUACUGUCAUUCCAAAAAUCUCAGCAUGGUACUUAUAGUGUGCCUCAUAAGUCACAAUGCUAGCAUAAAAUACCUUCAUAAAAGAAGAAAGGGAUGGGAAGUAGGCUAUCAUUUACUGACAAAAUACUUUUAGACAGAAACAAACUGUGCUUGUGUUAAAUUUUACAGCUUUAUUUUUAAAAUCUUUUUGUUAAGUAAAUUAUGAUGUAAUGGCGUGUGUGUGUGAGUGAUUUUCCCCAUAAAAUAUACAUAUUAAAUUCACAAAUCUAGUUUUUUAAGAACAUUUAAAAUAUGGUGAUGUAUUUAAAAUGCAGAUAUUCAUUGUUUGUCCAGUAUACUGAAUGUUAUGUGCCCUUAAAAGUAAGUGUUUUGAAAAAUAAAGCUUAUGUUGUUACAUGUGAUGUUCUAAAUCAAAGGUGUAUGAAAUACUUAAAGGUUCUUUUUAAAUAAAUUGUGUAUAACUCAGUGGUUUUCAAUGUGUUUUUAAUUAGCUUUAGGGUAAAGUAGUUCUAGAACAUUAAUAUAUAUAUAAUUAGGAUUUCUAAUUUCACUGUGAGAUCUUUAAACUCUUGUUGGCAAAAUAGCUUUUUUUUCUUACAGAACAGUUUCUGGGGAUGUUGGUUUAAAAGCUAAUGCUUUAUUUUUGUUCUGAUUGUAUCAAAUAUAAAAUAUUAUGUAGUGACAUCUGGUACACUACUUUUCCAUAGCAUUUAUCAGCUUCACUGGGCAAAGUCAGACACUGAGCAAAGAUGGUAAUGACAUAUGACAAUACUAAGUGUCUAUGAAUAAGUGCUUUUAAAUGAGGUGGAUAUAAAAAUAGUUGCUGUGCAAAAAAAUUAGUAGUCUUCUUCAAGAAGAAAGCAAAUUCUUUUGUAAUGCUACAGACAAAUGUUUUUGUUCAUUUUCUUAAUAUUAAGUACAGUGUCGAUUUGAUGCUGCUUUUUCCUUGUACCUGUUUGAUAUAUAAGUAUUACUUUCUUUUAGAUUUGUGAAGUGUCCAGUUUUGCUCCCAUUGUAUUUUUUUGCAGCUUUUAUGUAAAUUAGAAGUCUCAAAAUUUCUUCGUUGUUGUUUUUUAAGAGACAUUAAAACAUUUUGCAUACCAAAAACACAUCAUACUGUACAGCAAGUCAAGUCUUUAAACUCCACCCAAACUUGUGAACAAAAAAUAAACAAGCAUACACAUGUGAUGAUGGACCUACUUGGUUCCAGAGUUUAAGUUUUUUUAAAUGUCCGUGAACUAAAAACAGGACACCUGGUUUUGAACUUCCUGUAGUGCUAUAUACAGAUCUAGAAGUGUUAAGAAAAUGACUAUGUCUUAAUUGCUAGCAUCCACAAACACAAAUCUGGUAUGGUUUGAUUAUAUGGAUUAUUGCUAAUAUUAUGAAAUUCUGAUACAAAACUCAGUUCUCAUUGCUAGCCCUGUAUAUAUUGUUUGUUGUAUACUGUGUUACAUUUUUUCCCUCCUGAAUUAGUUCUCAAAAUUAAACUCUUAUUAGAGUAUUUGGAUAAUUAAAACUGUAUUUCUUGCAGUUUACAUUCCUUUUGAAUAAUAGAAUUUUGUCCUGUCAGAGUUAUUGUAUGGAAAUGUUUAACUUCUGCACAAAGUUUAAAUAAAAGUACCAAAAAACCUA